CAGUUUCUAAUAUAUUCUGUAUAAAUGCUGUAUGCUGUUAUGUUUGUCUUUCUGAUUCAGUAAAUACGUUUUAUUUGUUUACUUAAAUUUAUUUUUUAUAUUAGCUGAUGUAUUUCGCUUCAAUUGAAAUUAAAUAAAUAGAAGAAUACGGUGUAAUUAUAUUUCGUUAAUAUGGAGUGGAAAUGCUGCAGGACAUGUUUAAGUUCACAAUCACUGAAUCCCAUAUUUCAAAUAUCUAAUAGUUGCGCAAAAUAUACAAAUGCGUUGUUUUUGGUCACAGGUUUAAAGAUCGAAAUCAAUGAUAGACUGCCCCAACAGUUGUGCAGCAAAUGUGUCGACUUCAUAAACCAAUAUUUGGACUUCAGGGACAUGUCGCGACGUGUACAUAAAACUCUAAUUGGCAAGUUGAACGCUGUACACGAUAAAAAUACCAGUUUGGACAUUGACAAUGAUAAAUUAAUCAACAUCACAAAUGUUAAAGUCGAGAUGUGUGACGAAUCCGGUUCCAAUGAUGCUCCAGAUACGGAUAGAGCGAGUUGUGAUGAAAAAGUUGAUAGUGUUAAAAUGAAAGAUUCCUUCAAAUACGAGACGACAGUCGAAGAAUUGUUGAAGGAGAAAAAGGAGAUCGUUUUUAAGAAUGUAUAUUUUAAAAAGAGAAUAACUGGCGGUAAGAUUAAAGUGGAACAUAGCAUGGCAUUAGAGGAGAUAGCCAGAAUAGACGAGAAGAAGUUUGAGAAGAAAAAAGAAGACAGCGGUCCAGUGGAAUGUAAAUAUUGUCACAAACUGUUUCAGAGUAAAGUAAAAAUGUACAACCAUUAUAAAACUCAUAAUGGACUCAAGUUUGUAUGCGAGCACUGCGGCAGGAAGUUCAUGAACAGACGGCGCCUGGUGAUGCACUGCAAAGCGAAGCAUGGCUACGAGAAGACUGACAAAUGCUCGUAUUGCGAUUACCGAGGGUCCAACCCGGAGCUGGUCAAGAUCCACGAGCGAACGCACACGGGUGAGAAGCCGUUCGUGUGUCCAACAUGCGGCAGCGGUUUCCACCGGCGGAGUACGUACUUGCAGCACGUGGCCAUACACCUGCCUCACAAGACUGUGCCGUGCGACGAGUGUCCGGCCCUGUUCAAAUCGGUGACACUUAUGCGAAUACAUAAGAAUCGGCAUAAAGUGCGCCGCAGGAAACGCGAGAUGAGGGACAAGAUGGCGUCCGCGCGUCAAACAUGAGGAAUUGUUCGGAUCGAUACCCGCUGCUGAUUUUCACCACCGUACAACCCGCCAUAAACUAAAAUCUCAACCCAACCAUCUGGACGAGCGGCGGUCCUCCACCGUGCGUUUUUCAAGGCACUUUCUUCCACGCACAACCACUCUUUGGAAUCAACUUCCAGCAGCGGUAUUUCCGAACCGAUACGACAACAUAACCUUCAAGAAAAGAGUAUAUUCCUUUUUAAAAGGCCGGCAGCACACCUGCAAUGCCGUUGGUGUUGCGGGUGAUCAUGGGCGGCGGUAGUCACUCACCGUCAGGAGAGCCGCAUGCUCGUUUGCCCCUUGCGUUGUAAAAAGAAAAGAAAAAAACAGUCGAAAUGAAGCCGCGAACGACAAUUCCCAUAAUAAAACAUAAUUGCAACCUCUUUAUUUCCUAUAACAACAAAUAAUGCACGAAUAGUUUGUGAAAGAUUGUAAAGAAAUAGUAUUACGUAGAACGGUUGCUUACUGAUCGCUGAAUAGGUUUCAAAUAGGCUUUGGUAAAUGGAUACUGAUCCAGUAUCUAUAUAUUGGUUUCCUCUGUUGAUAUUGACACUGAUGGCGGGAAAAAGGUCAUCAGCCAUUUCGAUAUCGCCCGUAUCGGUCGGAUAUCUAUUUUCGAAUAUGUUAAAAGUCUGUUAUAUAAUAUUAUUUUUUGGAUAACAGACGUUUAAUAUAUACGUUAUUAUACCAGUAUAUAUUUAUUGUAACUAAAAUAUAUAGAUACUGCUAUACAUCACGCUCACCUAUUUCCAGCGAUGAGGUAGCAACACGUAAUAUUAUGUCUGUGAUUCUAACCAUAGGAAUAGUACAUUCACUUCCCUGCUCAUUAUAUGAUCAUUCCUUAUACAUUCAAGUCUUUUAUUUAAUAAAAAAAUCCUUUUUCUUCCUUCAUCCGUUUGAUCCCUGUUAGCUCAUUCUGACCCUUUGAUGUAUAAUUCCUUAGUUUCCUUUAUUUCUUGUAAUAACAUUAAACUAUUAAUUAUCAUUAAUAUCAAAAUGUACCGUUUCUUUUCAAUAUUCUAGCUGAUUUUCUGUUUGUUACUGGCAUAAUGGGCAACACUAAUCGUUUGCCAAAAUAAAAAAAAAAAAAAAUUACACUUCAAAAGUAAGUAUUUUAUUUUGUUCAUAUUCCCGCCAAAUCGGUUUCGGGCAAUCAAGUUCGGGCGAGCAAAGUCGUAGGCAAAGGUAAGUGUUGAUCAAAAUUGGAAGAUUCAUAGAUUUAUUGACUUUGUACAAAACUCGUUUGCUUGGCCACCUCUGUCCCAUUCGUGUUUCUACCGUGAAGCAGUUGUGUUCGCAUGGCUGUGUUUCGGUUUGAAGGAUGGGAUAUGGCGUGAAUUUACAGGGUACAGAGGAAUAACACCUGAGUCCUCAGGAAUGGCAACGCAUGGGGGGUAUCAUGGGCGAAACAGUAUACUCUGCUGUGUCCAUGGUGCUGCUCAUGUCUAUAGGCGACGGUUACCACUUUCCAUCAGGUGGGCCGUCAGCUUGUUUUAUAAAAAAAAAUUAGAUUAUUUAGAAGUAAAAAAACCAAGUAAAGUAAAUUUUUUUUUAAUACAUUUUGUACAAUAAAGAUUUAUAAUGUAAUUCAAAAUUACAACAUAAUUACAUUUCAUUAAAAAAAAAUCUAUUUAUACUUAAAAAAAUCAUUAUCCAUCUUAUAAUUUAAAACACAAUUGGUCGUUUAAUUAAAAUUAUUUUGUUUAAUUUCCCUACCAUUAUUGUCUGACUGCCAACACAAAUUCCCACUGCCAUUUCGUCCACGCACGUUUUCUUUGCUAAUAUGGAAGGUUGUGGCACUUCUGGCAGUAACAGUGGUGGUCAUUCUUCGAAUGUUGGCAGUCGCACGCAUACUAAUGGUGGCGGAAUUAAACGAGAUAAUUCUAAACAAAUAACCAGUGGUAUGGACAUCACCAAGACAACAUGUAGUUUAGUAAAAUAUUAAUAUAGUACAUUUAAAUAUACAUUUUUUAUUAUUAAAAUAAUAGGUACACGAAUAAUACUGUAAUUUAAAUCAGUGUU